CGAAGACGAAGACGUUGAAGCCGCGCUAAUGUGCGCGUGCAAGCGGUUGAUGCGCUCCAUGAUCAAGACCGCUAAUAAUCUGAUUCUCAUCGCAUUAGGUGGUUUCAUUGGCAGAAAUGAAUUAUGACCAAUGAUAAGGUGUGAAGAUUAUUGAGCAGCUACUCCAUCAAUUAUCAUGGAUGUCCGGGUGCGCCUCGUGUUCGCGGACGACGUGGGACGCCACGUGCAGCGGCGCCGUGGGUUCUCAUCGUGCUGGUAUCUGGUACCGAACGACGUGAAGCUUGUGGGCGAUCUGGCACACGCUUUGCUGCGGGAGUUUGAGCUGCGCAAAAGAUGUCCCAAAGGACUGGAGCUGCGGCUAGAGGAGCUGCCACUGUUAGCCACUCAGAGCAUCCGCAUCGUGCGAGAUAACGACACAAUUGUCGUCCAGUGCCCCCCACUGGAGGACGAGAAGGACAGUAGCAGCGAGUCGUCCUCUUCGGAGAGUGAGACGGAAGUUUUAACGAACAGAAAGCGAAAGUUGCAUGUAAAGAAGAAGCAGGCACAGCCGAAGAAGAAGAAAAAGGCUGUGGAAAAAGAGGUGAAAGACCGACAAAGAGCAAGUACGAAGAGUCGUGAAAUGGCAGUGAAGACACUUGCUGCUGCGAAGCAGAGCAGUAAAGUGGAAAGUAUCAGCUGCAGCUCCAGCUCCAGCUCGAGUAGCGCCAGUGAUAGCAGCAGUGAAAGCUCCAGUGAGAGUUCGAGUAGCAGCGAAUCGGAGGACGAACCUGAAGCACGAUCCAAUGGGAAGCGCGUCGCAAAAACCACCGCAGCAAAGCAGCAGACGAGAAGAUCGACAGUUGCGGCUUCCGCUAAAGUGUCCAAUGGUGAAGCGAGCAAGGCAAAUGCAUUGGAGCAGACUGGAAAAGAACCACAAAGGCGACGUCGCCGACUGAGACAGCGGAAUGGAAGACGACAAAGAAAUGGUAAUCAGGUGGACAAUGCUGACAGCUCCACGCCUCUGACACCAUUGACUGGAAACGGUACUGCUUCGCUGAGGCAAGAUCACGCGGCGGUUGUUUCAGAUCAUGUUUCAACUUUUGGAAGACAAGACGGGGGUAACAUUGCUGGUCCUAGAGGCUAUCCUCGAUCCAAAGCGCAUGUCCUCUUUGACGAAGUGACUGGAAAUCAAGUGGCUAAACAUCACCAUGAGGAUGUCACUCGGGAGAAUGCCUCAGCUGUUCGACGAUCUCCAGCGCCUGAACUGGCAAAAUACGGUCCUUCAUCGCCAGAUAACCAACGAUUAAGAGCCCCCCGCAAUAACCAGGAUCAAAAUGUCUCCCUCUCUAUCGGAUUAACCGAAAGAGAUGAAAAAGCCGUGGACUCUAAUCGUGCAAACAAACGAAAGGGAAAAGGCAAAUAUGAAGAACGGUGGAAGCGGCCAUACGAAAUUUUAGCGACUGUUCUCGAUAAGACGUCACAGAACUCAAGCACAAGCAGCUCAUCGCCUCCGGAUAUAUCCAAAGCAUUGGCUUCAUACCCGACCGCACCUGCCGCUUCGUCUCGCUUUGAGCCGAAGGAUGUCAUUGCCUUCAAAACACUAACGCUGUGCCUCGAGACGUGCCAGCCAUUGCUGAGCGAAUGGAAGUGUGGACAGGUACAGUCUGCGGAUGCGUCAUGUAGUACUAUCGAGGUGUCAAAUUGGAUUCUCGAAGCCGACGGCGAAUCUGUGAACUACCGUGAGUCCCGAAGCGAUGAAUCGUGCAGCGUGCAAAUUAGCGAAAUCAGCGAGCUGCGGUUCUUGAGCGGCCCUAACUACACCUCACUGCAGCAGACUACACCCCCCGAGACGUCAUAGAUUUCCCCAAAUACAAUCAUUGUGCGUAUCCCAUUCGUGGAAAUGUCGACCAAUCGCCGUCUAAGUAUGCACCCACUUCAACUUGCCUCGAACCGAGUGACGAAUUGCUGUGCACCCU